AUGGUGGCCCAGCGACGUGACAGAGGUUCCGGGGCACAUGGGGCACAUGGGGAAUGUGACCUACCUGAUGCUCCACCCCCGGAUUCUCGAAGUCCUGAUCCUUUUUCGGCACCUGAGACAAUGUCCGUUGGGCAUGGCUCCCUGCCCGAUCAAAGCAAAGACACGACGCAGGGAGAUCCGUUCCACGGGGAAGCGACCGAACUGGUCCGCAAUUUCUUCGAGCAUCUCUAUCCAGUUCCGUCUUAUGCAUUUUUGCAUCCCUCCACGACCUUGGCAAAAUGCCACAAAGGUGCAUUAGAGCGACCGCUCCUUCUUGCCAUUUGUGCCUUGACCUCCUUGCAUGUGCCUGUACACAACGUGACCGUCGACCGGGAAAAGAGUGCUGCAUGGGUGUCGGAUGCGGAAGAGACCAUCUGGAAAUGCCUGGAAACCCCAACCAUGCCACGUUUACAAGCCUUGUUGUUGACAAUCAGCUAUCGGAUGGCCACCGGGAGCUAUGAAAAGGCAUUCAUGUUGACAGCGAUCGCGGCCCGUGCGGCCUCUGCCAUGGGUCUUAAUCAUGAGCAAACCCACUUGGACCCUAUUUUGGAGGAGACCCGACGCCGCACCAUAUGGUGUUUCAAGUUGCUGGAGUCCUACUUCUCGAUUGGAUUGACCGAAUUUGAAGUCUGCCCCUUUGAGUGCAUUUACUUACACCCACCGUCAUUGGAAGACUCGUUUGGUUUGCUCUGUCCGCCCGGGUCGGAAGACUUUGCCAUUUACGCGUUGCGAGAUCAGUAUGAGCUGGGGUCACUGAAUAUGUGUAUUCGAUUGGCCUCUAUUCGCCGGGAUAUUAUGAAGUUGACACGGGAGCUCGCGGUUUGCACCGAGCCUUACUUGCAUCUCCAAGACGUGACUGGGGGCCUCGGAGAGAUCCUCUGUGAACUCAAAGCGGAGAUACCCAACCAAGCGGAAAUCUCGACCACGGGCCUGAAGAAGUUGAUUGACAGUUCCUGGCUGCCACGUCACAUCAUGACGUUCACCUUGUGGCAUGGGUGCUAUUUUGACCUCUAUCGCAUUUUCCUCCCUGGGUACCCUGAAGCGCCACCCUCUAUCGUUCUGAGCACGAUCGACGCGCAGUUUGUGCAGAUGGCGACCCGAGCCUGCGUUGAACAUGCCCUGGCAGUCGUCAAUUUGUUUUGUGACUUGAACCAGACCUGUACCAAGCCCCGGCUGCUGGAAUUUGCCACCGGGGUGUGCGUCUAUCACGCCAUUCGAUUGAUUUUGUUUAUCGCUCAUUCAUCGACUGAGCCCGAUCUUCUGAGCCUGGAAUUCGCCGUGAGUCGGGCGGAGUUAUGCCUGGCCGCUAUCAAGCGGUUUUUCCAUGGGCUUGCCUUGGCACAGCCCAUCCUGGACGAUAUUGCGCAAUUGAUUGAAACCUUUUCCUCCAGCAAUUCCGCCACGGAGAGCCUUUCGGUCUUUCAUAAAGUUAAUCACGGUCGGAAAUCUGACACCCGAAUUUUAUCUGCUGCGCGACCUCGGCAACACUUGGCCGUUCACAGUGUUUUGCAACAAGCCAAGUUUCUUACAGAGGAGCCUUCAUGA